AUUUCCAUGCCUCACCAUAACUAUUAUGCCUGCCGCCACACUCAUCACGUUUGCCGCCACGGCCACCACACGUGCCGCAGCAUCCCCUUCGGCCCCAUGCGUCGCGACCCAGUCCCAGCCCCCGCCCACGCAGCCACAGAAUGGGACUACGUACCCCAAGACUUCGAAGAUCUAGUCAUAAAGUGGGGUCCAUACACCACCGACGAACUCGCCAAAGCCUCACCCCACUAUACCAAGACCACAGUCGAUGUCGAUCCCUACGCCAAGCUGCAGUUUCCAGAGAAGUGGGGGAGUGUGGAGCGGACUAUUCAUGCUGUGCAUCCGAUUCCAAGGGGGGAUCUCGAGGAUUUGGGCCCGAAUUGCGUGCGGCAGCUUGGUGAGCGGUUGAAAAGUGGACAUGGGGAGAGGGAAGCGGAGUUUGAGGCUGCGGUGCAGAGGACGCUGAAGAGGAUUGAUGAUGUGUUUGAAUUUUACUUUUGCGUGGAGAGGCAGGGAGCAAGGGUGGUUAGUGGACAGUAG